CGACUAUCGAAUAGUCUGAUGUCCGUCGUUCCAUCCCUGGAAGUAGCCUUGCAUCAUCUCUCAGCGCGUCUAUAAAGUGUUAAAAUAUUUUUACUUUGAAUUGCCUUGAGAAAUUUAGUCGCUUGUAGAGAAAGCAUACAAGCCGAAUUUAAUCUAUCACAACCCAUAACUCAUCAGCUUGCGUUGCAAAUCACAAUAGCUCGAUAUUAGCCGGAUUCUCGUUCGCUAAUUGGCAAAGGAGACGGGGAAAAAGCACAAGGGUGAAGAACAAAAGGAGGUGGAAAACAACAGUUAAUCGUCAAUUUUUACGGCAAAGAUAAAUAAAUAAAAAAAAAUGAGCUCAACGGAGGAGAACAGCAACAGCCCGGCCACCACGCCCCAGGACAGUGAGCCCACCGAGCAGGCCAAUCUGACGGACCUGGAGAAGAUUGAGGAGGAGAAACUGAAGUCGAAGUACCCGAGCGGCAUGCGAGUGCCCGGCGGUCACUCGGCCUUCCUUCAGAAGCGACUGCAAAAGGGGCAAAAGUUCUUUGACUCGGGAGACUACCAAAUGGCCAAGCAAAAGGGUGGCGGCGUCAAGCAGGUCUUUGCGAACAAGGUGACCACCGGAGAGGCUAUACCCACACCCGAGACGGUGCCAGCGCGCAAGACAUCGAUCAUUCAGCCCUGCAACAAGUUCCCGGCGACGAGCUAAUUUACUCACUUUAACCAGAAACCUCAGAUGCGGUCCCCCUGUUCCCACUUCAAAUGCUCUAUACCUAAUUUUAAAAAAUCUAUUGCUAAGAUGGCUGCUGCUGCUGGCUGCUAGCUGCUGCCGGAUGGCAGGCAUUUCACAGAUUCUUAAUCUGAGUUGGCAGCUCCGUUUACCCCACAGUUACAAAACCCUUAUGCCGGCUUCGCUUUUGGCCAAUCUCACGAUCCGUGAUCGAGUCAACCAUCUCAGGCCGGAGAAGCGAAACUAGGCAAGCCGAGCAGCGUGAAAUUAAUUGCAACAGUUAUAUAUAUAUAUCUCUAUCUGUGUAACAUUAACAUAACUUACCCUGAUCGUACGUAGUUGUAAGUAUUACGAGCAUAAUAAAUUUAAGUUGGAGCCAGCCA